AUGUCAAGUACAGCACCUCCAAAAUGGCAUGUCGUCGUGGGCUGCGAUGAUGCUGGUAUCAUCGAUGUGGGUGUCAUCAAUUCGAACGAGAAGACAGUGUACUCCCAUGUCACUGUCACAGCUGCAAAGAAGAUUGUAGCAGGUGAAGCUGACCGUGGAUUGUUGAUAUGUGGCACUGGCCUUGGUGUGUUUUAUCAAGCCCUCCAGCAAGAAGACGGGCUAAUGAGGCAUGCAGGUGUCGCCAUUUCUGCCAACAAAGUCCCUGGUAUUCAGGGCAUCUUGAGUAACAAUGCUCAGGUUCUUUGCAUGGGUCAGCAUGUCAUCAGUAUUGAGCUCACCCGUCACCUCACCAAGGAAUGGCUGGGCUAUGUCUUUGACACCAAGUCCACUUCAGCUGCAAAAGUCGAUGCAAUUUCUCAAUACGAGACAGUCUCUGGAGCAUGUUCAUGA